UGGCCCGGAAAUUUCUGCUAUGGGACUGCACAUGGGAACCAAGGCGAACCAGAGGUGGGGUGAAAAUGUCUAUACCGAUGGGUAAUGAAUGGAAGGGGACCACGUGUGACUGGCGGGGGUAUGAGAUCGUGCCAGAGCUAUCAUACCUAUGGAUAGAACGUGUCUGGAACGCGUUGAGGGAAGAGGAAGGAUGGGACGAUAUCGCAGAAGGGAGAGUAGAGUCCGUUGGGACGGUCGUCUUGUCAGAGCAGGGGUGGCAUAUGUUCUGCACCACACUUGCUGCGGGACAAAAUCCGAUGUGGCUUUUAGAGGGUGCCGAGGCAAGGACUCGAAAGGCAGGAGCAAGGUUCGCCAACAAAGGCUGGGAUGAGGUCAGUAGUAGAGUCGUGAUGGGAGGAUGGAAGGAAUUUAAACCGCCCUGUGCCCGGACCAAGACCUGGGUGCCGGAAUUUGUGGCAGACUGGUUUGGGGGCUUUGAUCACGUUGCGGAAGUAGCCGGCAGUAUGGAGCGGAUACACGUAAACUGUGCAUGGUUGGCAGAAGAAUUCUAUAAAACGUCCCUGAAACUCGGACGUUUCCAUGGCGACAGAGCCCGGGAGGUCCUUACCAUUUUGGACAUCGAGAGGAACGACCGACUGGAAGUAGCCACGGAAAUUAGGGACGCCAUAAUCGGCCGGGAAGUAGAAGCGACACCGUGCUAUGUGGAUGAUGUGUUCAAACUAUUUGAGGUGCUGUGGUUCGACUAAAAAUAGCAAUAAAAUCGUGGGGCCAGG